GUUUAAAGUGUGCGUUUGUGUGUUUUUGUGUGUGUUUGUGUGUUUUGUAGUAAAGCGUCGCGGAGGAAGAGGAGAGAAGAGGCUCAGAAACUUCCAGAAGUUUCCAGUGAAAUGUUCUUCGAGGUGUCGGCCGAUCUGAAGGUCGUGUUUGGGAAAGAGACGGAAAACCAGGAGAAGAAGGACGAGGAAGAGGAGAAGAACUGGGACCAGGAGGAGGGAGGAGACGAGGAGCGAGGAGACGAGGAGGGAGGAGAGGAGACAGAGAAGGAGGAGAGCGGAGGAUUCAAAUUCUCAUUUUUUGGAGAUGAACCUGAACCAGAACCACAACAGACUGAGUAUAAAGUGCAGAGUAUUUUGGCCCCCAAGUUGUCAUGGCAACAGGACCCCAGACUGAACGACAGCAGCGAAGAAGAGGAAGAGGAGGAGAGAGGAGAAGAAGAAGAGGAGGAAGAGGAGGAGAGAACUGCACCAGAGGAAUCUACAGAAGCGUCGUCGAGUCUGUUCUUCUUCUCCUCCGGCGACCCGCGGCUCACAGACGGACCUCGAUGGUUCUGCAGAACUUCACUGGAGGAACAGAGAGAGACCUGGGACCAGACCAGGACCCAGCUCAGACAGGACUGUAAGAAGAAGCACAAAGACGCUCGGAGGAAACUGCGAGCGCCGCGCUGAGCAUCAUGGGAAAAAAAACAAAAAAACGUUUCUGUUUCUGUUGUAAUAUUUGUUUUGUUUCACAUUUGUAAAUUAAACCACUUAAAAAAAAUAAAACAUUUUAAACUG